AUGGAUUCUGAUGUGGAUGAUGAUCAAGUUAUAGUCAAUACGGCACUUGAUUAUACAAAACUUGAUCCAAUUAAUCAACGACGUCAAACUGAACAUAUAAAUCAAUUUCUACUAAACACAGUUCAUUUUUUUAAUACAUUCAGUGCACAAAUUGAAAAUAAAUUUCAAAAACUUGAAACUAGUUUACAACGUAUUGAUGCUGAUUUCGCAAUUCUUGAUUCUAAACUUCGUUCAACUCCAGGCUAUCAAGCACUUGAUCUUGCAGAUGUUUUAACUCCAGUAACAUCGGCAACUACUACUACUGAACAAACUGUAUCAUCAGCAAAUACUAGUAUUACUUCUGGUCCACCUCCUCCUCCUGCUCCACCACUACCAGCGGGAGUACCACCACCACCUCCUCCAUCUUCUGGAGGUCCACCGCCGCCACCCCCACCGCCACCUCCUCCACCUGAACCUGAAGUAGUAGAAGACCCUCGAACGACAAAAUACAAAAAAAUGUUGGCUAUGCGUGUACCACGUGAGGGUGUUCGACAUAAAAUGGUUGCUGAUGGUCUCGAUCAAACUUUAAUCGAAUCUGUUAUUGGUCCAGAUUAA